CUGAAUCUGAAGACUAAAUCCAUACUUCGUAAUUCGUGGCACCAAAAUUUGAGGCUACAAAUCGCUAUCUCAAGUUUCCUCUUUUGGUUCUUGACAUUGUCAAACGCCAAAGAGAUAAAGUUUCCGGGGCAGGAAUGAAAUGAAUAAAGGAGUGGGGACUGUUUGGGCAAUAUAACCCAUUCUUCGAUCUUUUUCUCUACAGUGUACGUUACUUUUGUUAGUUUGUAUAUUUUCCCUCUCUUCAUCCAUCCUCUCUCAACAUAUGUUUCUUUCCCUCUACAACUGUGCUUGUUGGGUUGCGGUGGCAUAUUUCCUUUGUGUUGAGCGACCGGGGUGGAGUGGGGGAGGGGGUAGGGGAAAGGGUGGUGGGCCCCAAAGGUUUUAUCAGCACGAGAAAAGUCGAUUCUUUUCCAUCUUCCCGCUUCUACUUGAAUUUCUUGCUUUUCUUGACUGUGAGGGGGAAAAUAUAUAAUCUUUGAGGUUUUAGUGAGAGUGGUGAGAGUGAUGAGGGUAGAGAGUGUCAUUUUAGAGGGGAAGAAGGGUGGGGGAGGGGGCGAUGUGGAGGCCAUGGAUACUCCAGAGAGGAACAAGAAUGCCCAGAUCGCAACACCCUCAUCCAAAUUCGAGGACUCUCCUGUGUUCAAUUUUCUUAACAGCCUUUCACCAAUACAACAGCCGGUCAAGUCUGCUCACACAACUCAGACAUUCAAUUCCCUUAGCUUUGCAUCUCUUCCGUCGGUUUUUACUUCACCUCAUGUGAGCAGCUUAAGGGAAUCAAGAUUCCUAAGAAGGCAGCAACUUUCAGACCCAUCAAAGCCAGAGUUUUCUUCUGAUAAUAAUAGAGUUGAGAAACCCAAGGACAUUGAUUUAGGUGAGGCUAAUAAUGACAGUAAGAAACAGGAAAGUGUUGAUCCUGAAAAUUGCAUUCUUGACCAGCCAUCUUGUGAAUCUACAAAGGUUGCGGUUGAGACUGUAAGAACAUUAGAUUACAAAUGUAGCAGUCCUAAUUCCGGCCUGUUGGGCCAAAAGAAGGAAUCUCAAGGAAGCAAGGUAAAUGGGGUGGCCACAGUUAGUAAUCAAGAAGCUGAUAAGAACAAAGAGGCUACAACAGGGUGUGAAUGGGAGAAUUUGAUGAUAACAGGCGGUGCCGAUCUGUUAGUCUUUGAUUCACCCAAUGAUGCAGAUGCCUUCAAGAAAAUAAUGGGUACCACUAGUCCGAGUCCCGUUUCCUUUGCCACGAGUGAUGAGGCACAACAAAACAUGGAAACAUUUUGUUUAGUAGUUGAAGGUGGGGGAAGUGAGACCCAGAACCAAUGUACACAGCCCAUUGAGGGAAGUGAUGUGCAGCAAUGUGAUGAGACUUUAGCCAGAGCUCCAGAUUCUUCUUUGGACAACAGCAGGAUAGGAGGACCAAAUGAAACAGAUGUUGAGAUGGUCUCUGGGCUAUACCGUGGGAUGAGAAGGCGUUGUUUGGUCUUUGAAGCAGGUGGGGCUAGGAGACAGACUUUAAAUGACAAUUCAGGUUCUGGUUCUUCCACAUUAUUGGGUGAAAAUGAUGAAGGAAACAAUAAUACCUCAAAUGAAAGACGACAUUUAGUUGCUGGAAGUGAAUCCUCUUCACGUUGCAUCUUACCUGGAAUCGGGUUGCAUUUGAAUGCCCUUGCUGGUGCAACCUCUAGGGAUGGUUCCAAGAAGGGAUCUUAUGCUAUGGGAAUGCAGCUAACAAUUGGACCCAGUUCAGCCCCCAGUUAUCAUCAUUCAGUAGGUACUACUACUACCAGUCAAGAAUCCCUGGCUGUAAUGUCUUCUUCAGAAAGAGAAAUAGUUCCAUACGAAAAUGGUGUUCCUUCUAAUGAAGAAGAUGCAUGUAUGGAAAAUAGAUAUUUUGGUAAUGACGAUCUUAAUCCGACUAGUCCGAAGAAAAAGAAGCGUAAAGUGGAACCCAAAGAAAGUGAAAGUUGCAAACGCUGCAACUGCAAGAAAUCAAAGUGCUUGAAACUUUAUUGCGAAUGUUUUGCGGCGGGUGUCUACUGUGUGGAACCUUGUUUAUGUCAAGAGUGCUUCAACAAACCCAUUCAUGAAGACACCGUCCUUGCAACCCGCAAACAGAUCGAGUCAAGAAAUCCACUUGCUUUUGCUCCCAAAGUCAUUCGGGCUAAUGAUUCUAUGCCAGAUACUGGGGAUGACUCCAAUAAAACUCCUGCUUCAGCCCGACAUAAAAGAGGAUGCAACUGCAAGAAAUCUGGCUGCUUGAAGAAAUACUGUGAAUGCUUUCAGGGUGGUGUUGGAUGCUCUGUUAAUUGCAGAUGUGAAGCCUGCAAGAAUCCAUUUGGUAGAAAGGAUGGUUCGGAACCUGAUUUGGAAGAAGAUGAAACAGCUACUAUACCUGAUGGGACUUGGCAGAAGCUUGUUAUCCAUAAUGAAAUUGAACACAUUCCUGAUUCAGUUCUACCUUCAACUCCAAUACGAUUCAAGAGAGUGCCAGUGCAAUCCCAAUUAACCUCCAAGAACAGGCCUCCUCGGUCAUCAUUUCUCUCGGUUGGAUCUUCAUCUGGAACGGGAAGACCAGGCUAUUUUGUACAUUCUGUUCCAAAGUUUCAGAAGAAGCAGUUUGAGACGAUCAAGGAGGAUGAAAUCCCAGAAAUGCUUCAGUCAAACACCUCCCCAACCAGUGGGGUGAAGUCGGGAUCUCCAAAUAGUAAGAGGGUGAUUCCCCCUGACAGUGAGUUCGGUACUUCUUCUCCGGGACGAAAGAGUAGCCGCAAGCUGAUCCUUCAAUCCAUCCCCACUUUUCCUUCUCUUGCUCCAAACCAGUGAGUGUCAGAUUUCCCCUGCCUGUGGUGAAAAUUUUCAUGUAGCUAUAAGUGAGAUUCUUUUUUUCUUCCUCCUACAUUCCUGGCAAUCUGGCAUGGUGUUAUAUUUGUAAAAUAGCUUUCAUUGCUCCAAGUAACCUUGUAGUCUCGUCCUGUUCAAUAAUGAACCUGAAGGGUGAUAGUUAAUCACUUGUUUAUAUUUAGCUACUAACUACCGCUUUCCCGGUCAUGCAAUCAAACCAAAAGAGAAAUCUUGCAUAAUGUUUA